AAAAGUAUAAUAAGCGCUGCUAACUACAAAGCGAAGGCCCGUUGGUUUCUGUUUGUUUCUUCGACGCAAUCACAGCCCUCUUUCCGGCUUCCUUCUAUUUCCACAAAACCCAUUUAAAAUCAAUCCGUUUCACAGUUCUUGUUCAUCUUUCUCUUUGAUUUUCUGCUCUCCCACCAAGAACCAGAGCUUUUUCCAGUUGAUAACUCAAAAAUGGGUCAAGCCUUUGGUUGCAUUCAAGUUGACCAGUCAACUGUAGCCAUCAGAGAAACAUUUGGGAAAUUUGACGAUGUGCUUCAACCUGGUUGCCAUUGUCUACCAUGGUGCCUUGGAAGCCAGGUAGCUGGUCAUCUUUCUUUACGUCUCCAGCAGCUUGACGUUCGCUGUGAGACGAAGACAAAGGAUAAUGUUUUUGUCACUGUCGUUGCCUCUAUUCAAUACCGAGCCCUAGCAGACAAGGCUUCGGAUGCUUUUUAUAAGCUUAGCAAUACAAGAGAACAGAUUCAAGCAUAUGUUUUCGAUGUUAUUAGGGCAAGUGUUCCAAAGUUGGACCUAGAUUCUACUUUUGAACAGAAGAAUGAUAUUGCAAAGGCCGUUGAAGACGAGCUGGAGAAGGCCAUGUCAGCUUACGGAUAUGAGAUUGUUCAAACUCUGAUUGUGGACAUUGAACCAGACGAGCAUGUAAAGAGAGCAAUGAAUGAAAUAAAUGCAGCUGCGAGACUGAGAGUUGCUGCAAGUGAAAAAGCUGAGGCAGAGAAGAUAUUGCAGAUUAAGAGAGCUGAAGGAGAUGCCGAAUCCAAGUAUCUGGCUGGGCUCGGUAUUGCACGGCAGCGUCAAGCCAUUGUUGAUGGGCUCAGAGACAGUGUGCUAGCAUUUGCUGAAAACGUCCCUGGAACGACAUCUAAGGAUGUCAUGGACAUGGUUCUUGUGACUCAAUACUUUGACACGAUGAAGGAGAUCGGAGCAUCAUCGAAGUCUAAUUCUGUUUUCAUCCCACAUGGACCUGGUGCAGUUAAAGAUAUUGCUUCACAGAUCAGAGAUGGUCUUCUCCAAGCAGGCCGAACUCAGUAGACGGGUAAAGAUUGAAGACACUUGUGAAGAUGGUAUAUUAAGUAUAUAGAAGAUGAUAUUUGUAUAAUGGGUUUGGUUGUUUUGUUUUAUUUGCGUAUUUUCAUUGUUCUGAGUGAUACAUAUAGUUUUCAUUUAAAAUAGUGUGUUAAACCAUUUAGAUUAAUUAAAAGACUAUUUUUGAUGAAACUAAAAUUUUAGAAUAGGAAGUUAGAAAAAAAGAAUGUUUAUCGUUGUUGGACUAAAAAAAACAUCUACUUUUUGAA